UGGAGUAUUGCGCGCUCACCGUGAAGGUGCACAAGUAGAUUGAAGUGUUUCGAAACUUGUGUCUGAAAUGUACUAUUCGCGAUUGAUCUUGAAUGAAGUCAUCCAACCACUACAGAGAGAGCAGACAGGCAUCCGUAGUUGUUCUCCUGCAGUUGUUUUGAGGGCUUCGCUCUCUGAGUGCGCUAUGGACGGAACCGUGGACAGAGUUGUGGAGGAGGGAUCCACGCGUGGGUGCUCUCGGACAGACGCUUCCCUCAGCGGAGAGGAUGAGCGCCGUGACUCCGACCACAGCCAGAGAACUCACGAAACACAUCCUGACGACGAGCGCUCCUUGCCUCUUAGGGAAUUUUAUCCCUAUAUUCGCUGUGCCCUCUGCAAUGGAUUUUUCAUUGAUGCCACCACCAUCAUAGAGUGUCUUCACACUUAUUGUAAGAGCUGCAUUGUCAAGCACUUUUUCUACAGCAACAGGUGUCCUAACUGCUCCAUUGUUGUGCACCAGACACAGCCACUGUACAGUAUCAGACCUGACAGGCAAUUACAAGACAUUGUUUUCAAGAUGGUUCCAUAUUUGGAAGAAGAUGAAAAGUCGCGAAUAUAUGCAUUUUAUAAACAGAGAGGGCUUGACGUUCCUAAGCCAGUGGCAUCUCCAGCUACGUACCCAUGGAAGCUACCUCAGAGACAGAAGAAAGACAUGCUGCCUCAGUCUGUUUUUACUAUUCCCUCAGAGCUAGAUGUGUCUCUGAUGUUGGAGUUUGUGGGAGCUGAAAAGGGUAUUGAGAACUAUAAGCCCCUUGAGAGGAAGUAUGUGCGUGUGUCAGGGGAAGCCACUGUCCGUCAUGUGGAGCUUUUUAUCAGGAGGAAGAUGGAACUGAGUCAAAACUGCAAGGUUGAUGUUGUGUGUGGAGAGCAUCUGCUUGAGCAAUGCCAGUCUUUGAGAGAAGUUUGUAAAACCAUGGGAAAAAAUGCAUUGCAGGAUGGCAUGCUGGUUCUGCAUUUCGGACUCGUUCUACCUGCUCAGUAAAGAGGGAAGACACAGAAAGCUACUGUGAAAACUACAUUGUGUAGUGGUUUUAUUUCAAGAGCUAAACUGAAUUUGAUCAUAACAGUUCUAUGCAGUGAUCCUUUGUCUUCCUGGUUACCUUGUGCUCAAACAGAUUAAGAAUAUGUCAGCAUUCUUUGAGCAAAUGCAUUAAGAGACAUUAGAGCUACAUCCAAAACAUUAGCCAUUUCCAGAAGAUACUGUUUGUUUUUGUUUGAUUGGUUGAUUGAUUUUUGGUUACAAUUUCCACAACUGUAAAGGUUCUGUAAAUUCUCUUUUAUGUUUACUAAGAAAAGCACAAAGUAAUUACACCUUGUUUCUGAGAAUAUAUUGUUUUGACAUGAAUUUUAUUGCUUAGUUUUGUUGUGCCUCUAGUUCAGCUGACAAAAAGUAAAUCAGUACUUUGAAAUAAAUAAUUCACUUAAGUACCUGGACAGUACCUACAUUUUUAAGUGUUAAAAACUCUUAACUCUUACAAGGCGUUUAAGUGUUUGUGUCUUUGUUCAUUUUAGAUUGAAAUUGUUAUGUAUUUGUUGAGCCAUAUUGUGUUAUUACAAGGCCUUUGGGAUAUAUAUAUGUCUUUUGCAAUAUUGUAACUGAAGUGUUCUUCAUUUUUAAAACAGCUUUACAACUAAAUGUUAAACUGUGCAUGGCCAGACACAUCCUGCAUCAUUGCAUAUAAACACUAUGCAAAUAUUGUGUUCCGUUUCAUUUAGUCAUCUUUUUAGUUUUGGAAAAUAUGUUAUG